GUUAGAAAAAUAAGAGAAAUGUGUGUGACAAAAAUAAAAAAGUAAAAUAAAACAUUUUCUAAUCCAAACGCGCCAUAGUACAGAACUGAACGAGUUGAGGGCAAUGGCGGAAGCACUAACCGAGCUGGAAAAAAUCCAGACCCGAAUCCUCCAACGGAUAACAAAUCUAGAGCUAUCUCUAGAAACUUCCUAUAAUAAUUCCUCCUCCGCCACCACAAAUUCUUCUCUCUCCGCCGCCACCGCCGCCGAUACAACCACCGAAGGCCGCCUUUCGAGCAUUCUCGUCGCCAAUGGCGUUAGAGAUUUCAGCUUCAAGCGCGUCCCCUCUGAUUACUACGAUUGGCCUCUCGAAGCUCGUCGUGACGUUCUCGGUGCUGCAUCCAUUCAUCAUCUCUGCAAAAGCAUUGUUCUGGUUAAUACUCAAGCCCCAUCUAAUAUUACUGAUUGUAGUGAUCGUAACAAUUCAAAGUACUACGUCGUUGUUGUACAGUAUACUGCUCGAUUCAAUGCUGAGACUGUGAAGAAUUUUCUGUACACUCUCAAUGAUGGCAAAAUAGCCAAAAAGAAAUUCAACAUGAGGCUUGCUCCUGAGGAGACAUCAGGAAAACUGACUGGUUAUGAACACAAUGGAGUUACAUGUGUUGGCAUGAAAACGGAUAUACCGGUGAUUUUGGAUGAAGCAAUCACAAAGCUCAACCCUGACUACUUCUGGUUAGGAGGUGGUGAGAUUGAUCUUAAACUGGGGAUGAGGACAUCAGAAUUCAUCAAGUCUGUCAAACCAUUUAUUGUCAACUGUAGCGGUGCUUAAACUGAUCCCAUUUUCACUAAGUUAGUACUAACUGAUCUCUUUCUCUAUUGGUUAAGCUCUUUAAAUUUGUCAUGCAAUGGACAAUUUACCAUUUGUUUGCUGGAUAUAGUAGAUUAUGUAGUUUUAUUCAAGCAAACAAAGGGUUAUUCUGAAGUAUAUAUCAAGGGAGAGAAUCUGCACUAGUUAGAAAA